AUGGAGGUACUGGAGUUUUGGAAGAGUCCAGAAUACGCAGCGCGUCUCAAGGCAAAGUGCGAGAGUGUGUGUUCCGAAACCGAAAACCGGAAGAACAUUUCUGACAACAAUGUGUUCCUGCCUCUGCCCUCCACAACAGUCUCGGAACCAAAGAUACAUAUCCAACAGGCGAAAACAAAGGUCAAGAAGCGGGGAGAGCCGCAACUUCGUGAUCAGACAACACCAGAGCACCCCACCGAGAUAAAGUGCGCAUCCGAUCCAAUCCGAGUAUCAAAGGGCAAACUUUCUGUUUUCCGAAGGAUGUUCCCGGAAGCAGUCGAGGAACGAAGUGCUGAAGUGGAGUGGAGCACGUUUGUUCUUAGCAUGAAUGACGCCGGCUUUUCUUCCAAGAAUAGCGGAGGUUCCAUGGUCACCUUUGAGAGCAAAUCAGGUCUGGGAAGCAUCAUUUUCCAUCGUCCACAUCCAUCUUCGAAACUAGAUUCAAUCAUGCUUCAGUCCAUGGGCCGGCGUAUGAACAAGUGGUUUGGUUGGAACCGGGAGACCUUUGCAUUGAUUGGUAAGGAUAUCGAGGCUGGAGUGGCAUUGGAGGGCGCUUCAGUCGAGGCUUGA